UUCAGUGGGUGGAUUUCUCCGGUUCAUUGUCAGAGGAACAGAAUGCAUAAACAAAUAUCUUAAUUACUUAUUUAUCACGUCCCACAUAAGUCAGUGCACCAAAAUGCAUCUAUCGGGAAUCACGAGGAUACGCGUGCUGGUCAUAAUUGCGUGCAUAGUGAUAUUUUGGUUGCUGAUAAAGCAAUUUCUAGAAAAUCGAGCCAUCGAAGUGGAGGAGAUUGUGAUAAAGCCCUCAGGUGUCCCCGUUGUUGUAGGUGUCUACUACGAAGCUCUCUGCCCAGAUUCUAAACAUUUUGUAAUUAAGCAGCUAAAGACGACACAUGAUAUAGCUCCCCAGCUUAUAGAUAUUGAUUUUAUUCCCUACGGAAAGGCUACCACCGAAGUAAAGCCUGAUGGUUCACUUGAUUUCAAUUGUCAACAUGGACAGAUUGAAUGUGAAGCCAAUAUCAUCCAUGCAUGUACUAUCGACGUGAUUGGAGAUCCAGAUCUACGUCUCAAAAUGGUGACGUGUAUGAUUAGAGAUAAUAUCGUGCCCAAGGACGCUUUCCACCGAUGCGUCAAGGAGAACAAUGUGGAGGUUUCGGAUAAGAUUCAGAAGUGCUAUAGCGGGCCCCAUGGAGCGGAACUUCUCAAAUUGCACGGGGAGAAGACACAUGCCCUGAGGCCGCGAAUGGAAUUUGUCCCCACCGUUACCCUUGAUGGGGGUCAAUACAAGCAAGCUCUCAUCCUGAAGAAUCUCCUCAAGGAGGUUUGCAAAAUCGUUGCAGGACGAGGUCCUGCACCUGAUGUUUGUGUAAAGGAGGGCCUAACUGCAUGAGUCUGACGCUUUAAACGCAUUUCUAGAUGAAUUUCUUAAGUUUUAUUCGUCUUAUUCUUGGUGUGAACAAAAAAAUAACGAACAAAAUGGAUUUCUAUUGGCACUCAUUGGUUUUUUCUUAUACCUUUCAUUUUAUCAAGUCGUCGUGUAAGCAUAAAAAAGAGAUUACGUGUCAUUCCAACGGGAAACGAAUAAAGAAAUAUGCAGAGAUGUAUAUAA